AUGAGCGAGGGGAGGCGGCGGCUCCGAUCGCUGUCUGAGGCGCGCGCUGUCUCCCGGAGUUUGUUACUUCUUCAUUUCUUCCAGGAAGCCGCAUCACGACAACAGCUGAGGUCGAUGGGAACGAGAAGAGAAAUGAAGAAGUUCUCCGCUGAUCGUCUCCUCACUUCCUCUCAGACCGCCGCGGAGGUGUAGGCGCAGCUUCAGCGGCGGAGGAGAUGUCGCACCCCAAGAGGAUGCUGCUGUUUCUAGGCGUUUUUCUGAUGAUUGUCGGGGGGGUCAUGGUCCUGGGCGUGGCCCUGCCCUUUCAGUCCGCCCCGUUCUUCGUGGUCGGGGUCUUCCUGGGAAUGGGGGGUCUGAGCCUGCUGGUCAGCGUGCUCUGCAUGGCCAUGCAGAACAUCCAGGUGGCGGUGCCCGGACACUUCCUCCUUCACCCCCGCACAGGCACACGCUUCAGCCCGCCGCAGGCUCUGGCUAUACAGAGGAGGUUGGAUCGAAUUCGUCGGGAGAUGUCAGCGGACUCUGUCGGACAGAGACCGGAGCCUGAGCCCCCCCUCCCGUCCACCCCACCACCCUGGACUAUGGAGCCGCCUCCGUCCUACGACACAGUGAUGAAAAGCCAGGAGCAGAGGGAGCAGCUGUAGCCCCUGGUCGGACAUCUUUACUUUGUGCCAGUGCCUUCUGUCUUCUCAGUGAGAACCUUUAACCAACUGUAAUGGAACAUUUAUUACAU